CGCUCUUUUAAGCUUUAAGAUUACUGCAUGCUGGCCAGCUGAAUCCACAGACAUAAAUCAUUGUAAAUAAGUAUCCGUGUAACUUACGUUACUAAUGUCUAUGGCUAAAUCAUCAAAAACACUCGUUUCAUUUAUUAUCCAGAGCAUUCUCACAAAGUAAGCCUACAUUACAUAUCUCUUUGCAUGUACAGCUUCGUGUCCAAAACCAACGUUACUUCUGGUGUUUAAAUGCUUACAUCUUCCGUGGACUGAAAUUGUGUUUUGGAAGAAUGACUAAUAAUGGCCUGUAUGCAGAAGCUAUCAGCAGAUACAAUUCGUCUGAUCACCAGCUCCCAGGUCAUUACCUCAGUUGUAAGUGUCGUCAAAGAACUCACUGAAAAUUCAUUGGAUGCAGGAAGUGAUAAUAUUGAAGUCAAAUUGGAAAAUUAUGGCUUUGAUAAGAUUGAAGUACGGGACAAUGGAACUGGCAUUAAACCUGCUGAUGCUCCUUACAUGGCCAGACGACACUUCACAUCCAAGAUAUCCCAGCAUUCUGAUCUAGAAUCCUUAGCAACAUAUGGAUUCCGUGGUGAAGCACUAGGAUCACUCUGUGCUGUGUCUUUGGUUACCAUAGUAACAAAGACACAAGAUGAUGAAUUUGGACGUCAGUAUCAGUUGGAUCAUGAAGGAGGAAUCGUUGGAUCCAAACCAUCACAUCAAGGAAAUGGGACUGCUGUCACUGCAACGCACUUGUUCAAGAAUGUUCCAGUGCGCAAACAGUAUUACACCAAUGCAAAGAGACAGAGGGAUGAGCUGAAGAAAGUGGAGGAUUUAAUCAUGAGUUAUGGAGCCAUACGACCUGCUGUACGCUUCUCCAUCAGUCAUAACAAGAGUGUCCUCUGGCAGAAAUGCAAAGUGGCCAAUCACAAGGCAGCUUUGAUAAGUACAUGGGGAGCUAGUGUGAUGUCUCAGAUGCAAUAUAUGCAGAAGUUGGAUAAGGACACUGAAAUUAGAAUAGAAGGCUUUGUACCAACUCUAUCAGCAGACUACCAAUCAGCAACAAGAGUUUUACCAGACAGAUGUUGGAUUGCUAUCAAUGGUCGACCAAUCACCUUCAAGGAAGUUGAGAAGAUGGUUAAACAGUCAUACUGUCAAGCAGUCAAGCGUGAAACAUCAUCUGUUCGUCAUUUAAUCAUUUUUCUGAGCAUCACACUACCUCAGUAUCAAGUAGAUGUGAACCUUGAACCAAAUAAAACAAAAGUCUUGCUUCAAAACAAGGAAUCCAUGCUAUCGGUCCUGUCAGAUUUACUUGAUGAGGUUUAUGGAAGAGCACCAGAUGACCAUACUACUGGAACAAUCGCCAAAAUCUCCACACAUGAGCGGGUUAAUUACGUACCCAACAUCGAAACUAUAGACAGUAUGCCCAAACCAAUAGCCCCUGAUGACAAGAGUCUUUGUAACGAGGAUGUUGUAUGUGAAGACAACACAGAUUCCUGCAGUAAGGAGAAAUUAGACUGUGAAAUAGAAAAUGGUGUAUUACACCAGAAAAAUCUAGGGAGACCAAGUCAUCAGGAUCAAGACCAUGAUGGUCCAGAGUGCAAAGCUUCUGAAGAGGCUAAGGAAUCUGCAGAAACAUCCACUGAUUCAAAUGUUCCCUUGACCCCUGAUCCCCCUAGGGCAUCCAGUGAUCAGUCUGUAAGUGCCUCACAAGCACCAAGUGAUUUUGAACUGAACUUCAGUAUCUUUGAUGAUGAUUUGCAUUUGGAAGGUUUAAAUGAAACUCUAACAGAUUGUGAUUUAGGUGAAGUGAAGACUCCAGAAAAUGAGUUUGUAAACCAACAUGUGUCUGAGAAAGCAGAGAAGGCAACAAGUGAUACUUCCUUGACAGGGGACACUGCUGAAAAUGUCAAAACAGUGACUACCUCGGUCAGUUUGGAAGAUUGGAGUAGAGGAAGUGGACUAACACACAAAGACAGUGAAAACUUAGAGUCUGCUACACUUCUUAUCCCAAGAAAUUCAAACGAGGACACAUCGGUAACCAUCAGACCAGAACAACUUUCAGCCAAUCAGAGGGUAGAAAACACUGAGUCACAAAAAACAACAUAUUGCACUCUAAACUCAAACCCUACCAACCAGAAGAACACUCUCAAUUUGUUAACUAGUGUGACUCCUGGAAAUAGCACGGCCACUCAGGAAACAGGAAGUCCUGCAGCCAAUCGGAAAAGAAGCCCAUCUAAACGAAGACUUUUCCUGGAGAAAAAGAUGGGCAAAGGAACAAUGUAUGAUCUCAUCGGUGGUUCCCCUAUAAGAAGACCAAUGAGUUCUUAUGAACUUUUCUGCAAAGACAUGAGACCACAAGUACUGGAAGAGAACCCUUCAUUUAGUUUUAACGACAUAACAAGGAUUGUGGCAGAAAAAUGGAGGCAGUUGGAAGAACAAGAGAGGGCAAAAUAUGAAGAAAAAGCAAGGAAAGAUACAGAAAGACAUCAUAAUCAGAUGCAAGCAGCUAGAAAUAAACUUGGCUUGAAGGAUGAGAUCAACCUGGAUGCUCCACCAAGCAAAAAGCAAAAAACUACUACAGUGCCGUCCAAUCAGGGACUUAUAGACAAGAUGCUGUUGUCACAGCAACAGAGAAAGGCAGCCAGUCAACAUGCAGGAUCAGAAGUACCAGACAUUCCCACUCUUGAUGUGUCUUUCAGUUUGACAGGGUUAAAAAGAGAGUUGGAAACACAUCACAAAAAUAGUGAAAGUGUUCCUGACGAGGGGGUUAACUUGAUUGGUCAGUUUGCAUCACAUGGUGUUUGGCUUGCUCACCAUGGUAAUCAAGUGGUAAUAUUCAACCAGUACAGAGUGGAAGAGAUGCUUCUGUAUCACAGGCUAAUGAUGCAUCAUGUAUUGCCAUGCCAACCUCUUGAUGUCCCUAUUGUAUUGUCUCCAAGUAUGCUUGGAGGUGAUGGCAAUUGGAACACUUUACUGAAGAUGUCAAAACGUAUUGAUUUACCAGACCCAGCUAUGUACUUCAUUGACACUAGAUUGACAGCAAAUGGAUUCAAACUCAAACAAACGAUUGACUCAGAAACAACAGAGGUCAGGGUACAGGUCAUUGCUAUGGCAACGACUAUCAGUUGUUAUGGCAUUUAUGACCUUCAGGAAAUACUGGAGUUAGUUGCCGCUGAGCAGUCUCGUCCUCUGGUACAGUGCAGACCACUGAAAGUUACCAACUAUCUGAAAGGAGAGGCUGUUCGCAUGGCUCGCAAUAUGUCAUCCUCAAUGGAAAUACAGGAUGUAGAGGAUGUCAUAGAACGUAUGAAGCAACUACCAAAGCAAUGCAAGACAUGCCUGCACAAUCAGCCAUUUGAAUAUCCAUUGUGUAUUGUGCCAUAAUUGUCAGGUGUCAGGAGUUUUUGACUUACUCUGAGAAUCACUUGUAAAAACCCAUGGUGAGCUGAUUAAACUUAAAAAUUGGAACAUUCCUCAGUAGAUGAUGGGCAGUAAAAGUACAUGUACAUGUAUAGUCUCAACAUGCUGAUGUCAGAAGGCCGUUUUUCAAAAGCAUGUGCGAAAUACACCAUUCAAACUGAAAACUUUGGGUUUGAUGCUGUAAACCCAUGCUGGUAACUUUUACUUUAUGAAAAUCAUUCAUAAUAUGGAUUAAGCUAUAAAGUAUAAUUACAUGAACAUGAUUUGUAUCAUUGUGAAUGAGAUCAGAAGGGUGUGGCACCUGUUAAUGAGCCUCACUUGCCAUUCCGUGUAAGUACAUGUACAUAGAUGCCAUGCUCACAGUAGACUGGUGCCUGGUAAUGAAUGGUCAAAUCAAUGAGCACUUUUAGAGGAAUAGAUUUUUCACUGGAUGAUGAAGCCACUAACAUGAAUGACACCUAACAAUGACUCAGUCUGAUUUGGUCUCAAUGAAAAAGUCGUUAUUCAAGAUGUGAAAGAUUUGUUAUAAAUACACUGUGUCUAGCCCAGCAGGAAGGCCAUCUUUUCAUACACUCUGCUUAUGCCCUGCCCCCGCCCUCCGAUUUUCGAAAGAACUCAGUUGAACAUAAUUACUUCUAGCAAUUGUAAUUGGAGAUUGAGGCUGUCAUGGCAGUACAGAGAUUGAUUUAUCCCUCUUAAAUUGAUAAUACAUUUCUGGAUGAAAAGGGGGUUGCAGUGGGCAUCUGAAAUGGAUGAGGAAUGUUAUAUUUUCGGGGCUAAAGCAUUGUCUGUUUUCAGUAAAGCAAGUGUUCAUGACUUAAAUAGUAACCAUUGUUGACAUAGUUGUGACAAAUUGUACGCAGGCAUAAAACCGUGUUCGUGGUCUGCACAGGAUAGAGUUCAAACUGAAGGACCGCCAAACUAAGUUUAUGGUGAGCGGGACUGGAAGAAGUAGGGCUUGAUUCAUAACGCCUUCUUACUCUUAAAGCGUUACCUCGUGAGUAAAAUUACAGUAUAUUUGCCCGAUAUUUUCGUUAAAUUUGUAGUGUGCCAACGUUUAAAAUAAUUUGUGUACUUUUUCCACAAACGGUAUAUUUAACGUUAUGUCAAAAUUUCACGGACAGGUUAGAUUCAUUUCAGGUGGGGUUUCUGAUUGCAAAGCUUGCAAUAUCUUCUUUUUAUGUAUAUGACUCCAAAUCAUUUGAUAACCGGAGAAGUAAUUAUCCAUGUAAGAUUUGAAACUUUGCAUGGUGAAUGUUACACGAGCUGUAGAUUUGUGGGUACUCCACGGAAUCAGUAUCUUCAGAAGAUGUGUGGUACCUGCAACCCUUCAUCUCAUAAUUUUCCACCGCUUGUGAAUGGAUGAGAAUUGCACCAUUUUGUUCAAGGCGACCGUUCUAUCUGCGUCACCUGUUUUCAGCCUCAAAGCAACCAAUGGUGUAUGGCGGAGGGCAAGUUGUCGCCUGGAAACUUGCUGCCUUUUCACUUUUGAAAGAAUAAAUUGCUAAUACUUUUGAAACUUCGAAAUUUGUAGUUCCACCUUCCUAAGGGAAGUGAGUUUACAGCUAAGGAAGAAAGGAUUAUUUAUGACCAUCGUUUUCAAAAGAAAAGUCCCACUUCGCGCCCUCAACCCAUCUCCAUUUGCCACGUAACCCCUUCCGACCACUCUCGUUGCAUAGUGUUUGGCUGGACUCUCCUUCCCAUCAUUGCAGAAAAUACAACAAAAAGGUUUUUGCAUUACAAUAAGCCACCCUUUUCAGAAGUGCACAAAACCCUGUGAAAAGCUCCCCACCAAUUUUCUGCAAAGCAAUGCUGUGGAUGCCAUACGGGUUUUGCAUUUGAAUAAAGCCUCACCUUGCAGGUUGCAGAAACCUUAGGAAUGCGUUACUGAAUAAAGCUAUACAGGAAGGUUAAUAUGCCAGAUUCUUUCCUAUUUCAUUGGUAAGCCUGUUGUGUUUUUGGAAAUUAGGUGGCCUCGGAACUCGCUGUGUGGACUUUUAUUAUGGUAAAUUUGUAAUUAUGCACACAUGGGGCACGCAUGGUCAAGAUGGAAAAAAGCGUGAGCGGCCCAUCGAAAGUGUGCAGGGAUAUGCGUUGUUUAAGUGUCAUCUUUCUUGCAAGUACUUCAAGUAUUUUCACCGUUUUCGACAUUGAAAUAGCUUUCUUGUCUAAGUGGGACUUAUGAUGUACGAAAUGAUGUAUGAAUCAAAACAAUGGAGUGUUUUCCUGGCAGAAAAAGCGAACAAAUGGGUCACACAGUGCAAGAAGGGUAACGAUCGAUUCAUCAACCAGGAUGCUGGUCAGUGGAAGAGACUUGGUCAAAACAACUGGGUUGGUGAUAUUGAGCAAUACCAAACCUAUGCGGCAGUUCCUGUGUUCGAAUGGGUUCAGCGAGGAACCGACUAUUCCUUUAAGAAAAGAACGUGCGGGAACAAUGUUCCCCAGAAGGAAUGUUUUGACUUUACACAGGUUAUCAUGGCAACGACUGAAUUUAUUGGAUGCGCUAAAAACCAAUGCGACAACAAAAUAUAUGUGACAUGUUUCUACGGUCCGGGUGGAAACUCUUUCUUCAAGACUCCAUACAAGGCAGGUGAACCGUGUAGCAAAUGUCCUACGGAAUACACCUGCGAAGAUAAGCUUUGUGUCCCCCCUAGUCCUGCUGAGCGUGGGUUGUUGGAGGACGUUCUGCAGUUUCUCCAGACGGACUAGAUGAAACCAAGAAGAAUGAGACAUGAAGACCACGGCAAGAUUUACGAGAUCGCACCACUAACUUGUACACCUGAGUCCCGGAACUGAUCAAACUUUCCACAGAUUUUUUAAUUUCCAAGGAAACGAGACUUUGCAAUAAGUCAGACGUCUUCAUAUUUAAGCUGGACAUUACAUCGAAUCAUAUUUUGUCUUUUGCAGUAACCUUAGACAGUUUUAUUUAGCAGUAUAAGAAUGUGUUCACUAACACAGUUCAAGUAGUUUGCAUGAAGUGGGGAAAAAGGAAUAUUGGAAUUGUAGCCUUUAGUGCAGAGAUUAACCCUAAAAGUCCCAAAUCCUUUAAUUUAAUAUGAUUGAAAUACAUAACCCCUAGGGGGAUAAGGUUUAAGGUGUAACCCAGCAAGAUGUACAUGUAUUCAGUGGCGUACAUGCAUAUCCAGGUCUUGGCGCCCCCUCUCCCCCCAAUCAAUUUUUUACUCGUAUUACAGAAAAACUCCGUACCCAACCAAGAUCAGGUGGUUCUACCCUGUCUAAAAAUGCUGGUACUUUCAACUCAUUACCAAAAUUACAAACAUGUCAACCAACAAGGAAAUUUGACCCCUCCGCUCCCUCAAGAUACGCUAAUGAAUCAGUCAAACUUUAUGACCGUAUUUUGCUGGUGACUUGGAUCGUGAAACCAUUUUUAAGUCUUAAUACGAGUUGUUCUGUUUUGUAGUGUUAUACAA